GAUUUGGAAGCUCCCUGUCGACGACCACGAUGACGGAAGAGAACUCUAUUGCUGUAACGCUGAACGGCCUGGAGCUCUCGAAUCUCUACGGCGUGAUAGAUAAAGACAAUGUCCAUGGCCUCAAUCUGACCGUUCCCGAAGAUGCGAAAGCCGUCAUCAAGCCUUGGGAUCAAAGAGAAGACAACGAGAAAUAUGCAGAAUCUGGUGUAGACGACCAGAUCAUUAUCCACGUACCAUUCUCGCAGAACGUCAAGAUAAAGUCUGUCCUAUUGAAGCUGGGAAGAGGAGAGUCGACGCCGCGUCACCUACGAAUUUACGCAAACCAUCCUACCAUCGUCGAUUUUGCAGAUGCCGAGAAUACCAAGCCUCAAGUCAAUAUUAGUCUCUUAGAAGGAGAAACGGGAGUGACUGAAUACCCCUUGCGAGUUGCAGCAUUCACCAGCAUAACUUCGCUAAGCCUAUUCUUCAGUGAAUCAGUGGGCGAAGAGAUGUCGCGAAUAUAUUAUAUAGGCUUCAAAGGCGAGCUACGGUCUCCACAGAAGGAUGUCAAUACCAAACUAGAUAUACCUGCUGCAAAUGCUGCUGAUGCACCGCUAUUUGACCGGUUAUCAGAGAAAGCUGGAGGCCAACAAACGACGGCACGAUGAUACAGAGAUUC